CAUUCAGCCUACAACAUUCUUUAGUAAACACACCACCAAUACUUUACGUACCGGAAAGGAACUGGAGAAUAUCUGAAUCUGAGCAGGUGGGCCAAAUAAUUACACGAAUUCGAGCUGAGGAUCCAGAAAACGAUGAUCUCAUUUUUGGCCUUGAACCACACUUUAUAUCAAACUAUAGUGAAGAAAAUGACAAACACAAUUUACCAUUUCGUAUUGAUGAAGUCAGAGGAAACGUUUACCUCAAUGAAAGCCUUAUUGGACGAGGUGGGGAAAACUUUUUCCUUUACAUUACUGUUUCCGACGGAGAUCUAACAGCUAAAAACGAAGUUUUUGUUAACAUUCUGGCAAAGGAUAGUCAUAUGGUGACAAACUUUCGAACUCCCCCAUCGGUUACGAGUGUUGUACAAAAUUUUUCUCAAAUCCUCCCUCAGUUCAAUACGCUACUCGGUACACAACAUUCAAAUGAACGACCAAUCAACCACCUUCCCUCAAAAUUUGGCCUAAAUCAAUAUAUGUCUUCACACAACCAUCAUAGUGCUAGUAAUGAAUUAGAAAUAGACACUUCCGAACAAACUACUCCACUGAUGUCAACAGCAACGACAAAUAUGCCUCCUUCGACAACAGGUCGUAUUCGGCUAAAAGCCAUAAUUAAGGCAGAUAACAAUGCUUCCGUAAAUGGACUUAGAGAAAAUAUCUACAACUAUAGCAACGAUAGUGUUUUAAUGGCAGAUUCAAAAGAGAAGCCACUUCAGACCGAAAUUAAUGCAAGACCAGUGGAGAAUAAUAAAAAGAAUAAAUAUCCUUAUAUAGAUCCAGCUGAUGAAAAUGCAUCGAACUUAAUUUCAAUCAAAGCAGUUAUUAUUCCAGUUAUAGCAAUUUCAUGUGGACUUUUUUUUGCGGCAGCUGGUUUCUUUGGUUUCCUAUACCGGAAACAUUUGUGCGCUUUUAGCAAAAAAUUAAAAAAAAAAUCCAAGGAGGAAAUAACUAAAAAAUCUAACCACAGCAAUUUAAGCUGUGAUUUAACUGAUGGCAGCCAAAAUUCAAUGGUAUUGCAACAUUGGAACGGGCCUAUCGCCUACCACAACCGCUACGUUCCUCAACAACUGCAGAAUGCCUUGGUAACAUCCCAAUUAACAGCAAAUUCCAUGGAUAGAAGGGCUAUUCAUAAUACUGACCCAGGUAACUUAAGUGGAAUUCAAAAUAGUAGUAACACUAUUGCUGGAGAAACACAAACCGGUAUGAAUAUGAAUAUCGGAUACCGUAGUGUUGUAGAAUCUAAAGUUGACCGUGUUAUAUGCCGAUGGGAAUUUCCACGGCACCGGCUUAAAUUCUUCAACAUAUUAGGAGAAGGUGCAUUUGGUCAAGUUUGGCGUUGCGAAACAAUCGAUGUCGAUG